AUGGAGACGCGCAUCGUCCGGAUCCCGGGUGGGAACCUGCUGGGCCGCACGGCAGGAGGAGAUGACGAGAAAUCAUCGAUGGAGCGCUGGGACGUAGAGCGGGCCACCUCAGGCUCGGAGAGCAGCGAGGAAGCCCUCCGGCGGCUGGGCGAAGCAGCCUACCAUCUACGGACCAGCGACACGCCCGUCGGGUUCCCCACGGAGACGGUCUACGGUCUCGGAGCGGAUGCCACGCGGAGCGGUGCGGUCAGGGGCAUAUACGCGGCCAAGGGCCGACCGUCGGACAACCCUCUCAUCAUCCACGUUUCCGACCUCGAGAUGCUACGAGCCGUCAUGCAGCAGCCCGGCUCCGAGAGCAGGGACGGCGAUGACGAUCCGAUCCCGCUGCGAUACAAGGCCCUGAUCGACCGCUUCUGGCCGGGUCCGCUGACGAUCCUGCUUCCCAACGCGGAUCCGUCCAAGCUGGCGCCCGAGGUCACCGCCGGCCUGCCGACGUUCGGCGUCAGGAUGCCGUCCACGCCUCUGGCCCGCACCCUCAUCAAGCUUGCCGGCGUGCCGCUGGCGGCGCCCUCGGCGAACGCCUCGACCAAGCCCUCACCCACGACGGCCCAGCACGUCAAGCACGAUCUCGACGGGCGCAUAGAGCUCAUCCUCGACGGCGGGGCGUGCUCCGUCGGCGUCGAGAGCACCGUCGUCGACGGCCUGUGCGACCCCCCCGCCGUCCUGCGUCCCGGCGGCGUCGGCAUAGACGACAUCAGGAGCUGCCCCGGCUGGGAGGGCGUCGUCAAGGCGUACAGGGAUCACGCCGACGAGGGAAAGUCGGCUCCCCGAGCGCCCGGGAUGAAGUACAAGCACUACAGCCCCAGGGCCAGGGUUGUCCUGUACGAGGCGUCGCUGGCAGGCGAGGGGCUCGCGCCGGCAGACACCGAGAUGGCGUGCGCCGUGGAGGGCUCCGCAGGGCAGCAGCAGCAGCAGCAGCAGCAGCAGGGACCGCCGUCGCGCAAGAUUGGCGUCAUCCGCACGCAGCGCUGGAAGACGGCCGCUGCCGGUCUGCCGACUGACGGGGACCUCCGCACCGCGGCCGAUGAUGCGACUGGGCAGCAGCAGCAGCAGCAGCAAGACGGCGAUGAGGCGCAGCCGGAAACGCCGUACAGCACCCUUCUGGAGGGACGCCUCGUCGACGGCAAGGGCCAGGCGAUAGGGUAUGUCAUGGAUAUCGACCUGGGCAAGGACACGAAGGGGAUAGCGCAGGGGCUCUUCUCCGCACUCAGGGAGCUCGACCUACGGGGCGCGGACCUCAUAUUCGUGGACGGCAUAGAGGAUGAGAUGGAUAUUGCUGCGGCCGUCAUGAACCGUCUGCGCAAGGCGGCAUCCGAGAUUCGGAGGUGA